AUAAAAUGUUCGGCAGUUCGUUGACAACUUUCUUCAGAAGAAUAAUUACUACUGCUCUGCUCUUGCCAUAGUACCAGAAUUCUGAGACCUACACGUCCCUGCUAAACACCAGCAGAGAAUCCUAUUUUGUCCAUUCUGUGUAGAUGGAACAGGCAUCGGUCUUGACAGCCCAUCCUGAUUUAAAGCUGCUUACUUGGUUUUCUGGGAUUAAAGGUGCUCAAUGAAUCAGAGCCCCCCAAAUGAGUCAGACAGCCAAUUCUUGCCAACAGUUGGUUGAAAACUGUGCCGCCCAUGUAGCAGGGAUGGCGCAAGAGGACAGUCGCCGUGGUCAAGUGCCACCCACGUUUUAUCAUGGUGCCAGCCAGGAACUUGAUCUGUCCACCAAAGUGUACAAGAGAGAGUCAGGAAGUCCUUACUCGGUGUUGGUGGACAGCAAAAUGAGUAAACCACAUCUCCAUGAAAGAGAGGAGCAGCCAUAUUUCAGGGAAAACAGAUCGGUAGGAGAGGUCCGGGCUGUGAAAGAAGACAGAGAAAACUCUGACGACUCUGAGGAGGAGGAAGAGGAGGAAGAUGAAGUGACUUACAAAAGGGAGCAGAUUAUAGUAGAGGUAAACCUUAACAACCAAACAUUAAAUGUAUCAAAAGGGGAGAAGGGUGUCCCCUCCCAGUCCAAAGAGACUGCUGUUCUUAAGACCAGCAGUGAGGAAGAGGAGGGUGACAGUGGGGAAGAGGCCACUGAAGACAGUAAUGAUGAGGAGGAAAAUGAGAGGCAGAAGAAAAAAGAGAAAAGAGUGGAAAAAGUUAGUGUUGCACAAAGGAGAACAAGGAGAGCUGCAUCUGCUGCAGCAGCCACAACUUCCCCAUCACCCAGAGCUACAAGGGGUCGUAGAAAGAGGGUGGAGCCCCCCAAACGUAAGAAGAAAGCUGCAAAGGAGCCCAAGGCACCUGUGCAGAAAUCAAAGUGUGAAGAGAAGGAGACUUUAACCUGUGAGAAGUGCCCCAGGGUGUUUAACACACGCUGGUACCUGGAGAAGCACAUGAACGUCACUCACAGGCGCAUGCAGAUCUGCGACAAAUGUGGGAAGAAAUUUGUUCUAGAAAGUGAGCUGUCCCUUCACCAGCAAACAGACUGUGAAAAAAAUAUCCAGUGUGUCUCCUGUAAUAAGUCAUUCAAGAAGCUCUGGUCCCUCCACGAACAUAUCAAGAUAGUCCACGGAUAUGCAGAAAAGAAAUUCUCCUGUGAGAUUUGCGAAAAGAAGUUCUACACCAUGGCCCACGUGCGGAAACAUAUGGUUGCACAUACAAAGGACAUGCCAUUUACAUGUGAAACCUGUGGAAAAUCAUUCAAACGCAGUAUGUCUCUCAAAGUACAUUCCUUACAGCAUUCUGGAGAGAAACCUUUCAGAUGUGAGAACUGUGAUGAGAGGUUUCAGUACAAGUACCAGCUGCGUUCUCACAUGAGCAUCCACAUUGGGCACAAACAGUUCAUGUGUCAGUGGUGUGGCAAAGACUUCAACAUGAAACAGUACUUUGAUGAGCACAUGAAAACACACACUGGAGAGAAGCCUUUUAUCUGUGAAAUCUGUGGGAAAAGCUUCACCAGCCGCCCAAACAUGAAGAGACAUCGCAGAACUCACACAGGGGAGAAGCCCUAUCCAUGUGAUGUGUGCGGUCAGCGAUUUCGCUUCUCCAACAUGCUCAAGGCACACAAGGAGAAGUGCUUCCGUGUUACCAGCCCUGUUAAUGUGUCAUCUGCUGUCCAGAUCCCACUGUCCACAACUUCUCCUGCCACCACAGUCCCGGCUGUAGUGAACACGCCCACAACCCCAACCCCACCUAUCAACCUGAACCCAGUGAGCACACUUCCUCCACGUCCCAUUCCUCAUCCGUAUUCACACCUUCACCUACAUCCUCAUCCUCACCAUCCACACCAUCUUCCUGUCCCCCCAGUUCCUCAUUUACCCCCUCCUCCAGCUCUUUUUAAGAGUGAGCCUUUAAAUCACAGAGGCCAGAGUGAGGACAACUUUCUGCGGCACCUGGCAGAAAAAAACAGUUCAGCACAGCACCACUAACAUCUUUGCUUCCUGCCAGCUAUUUUCCCAUUUUUAUGCACAUGGAAACAUGCCCUCGUGGAAGUACAGAGGGUUAGUUGGUGAGGAUCCUUGUCUCUCUUUUAGCCCUGGCAGAUGGUCCUGAUUUUCCCUGGAAUCAAUUAACAAACAAGGAAAUUCUGUUUUGGAUCAGCAGUGGCCAUCUGAACCUGGGAACCAACAGGACUUAAACCCAAUUUGCUUGCAUUUUACUGGUGACUUUUAUAAAUUUCAGAUACUGAGACUUGUGGAAUUUUAUAAUUUCAUAUCAGCUGAUGAGGUAUGCUUGCUUUUAUAUCCUGGACUUCUCCUCAAAGAGGAGAUAGGCCUGGUUUUCUUUGUACUAAUCGGAAAGGCUGUGAGAUUAAUACAGAGCAUUAAUUGUAUCACUGUGUAUCGUAAUGAAUUCUUUUCAGCUUUUGGUGCCGGCUAUGGAGUGAGCCAGCCACGUAUCACAGUAUAUUUGAGCAUUAUAGAGAAAGACAAAAAAUUUCUUGUUUGUGUAGCUCUCCUAACACACUCUUUAUUUUACUACAGAAAUUAUUUUAGAGUUUUUUGUAUAGACCUAUUUAGUAGUCUGUUUCUAAAAUGAAAUGUAUUUCAAUAAGCGGUGUAAUUUUUUCAGUGUAGCUGGACCUAUGUUGUAUAAUAGAUAAAUUUUUAUAAUCAUCAAAAUGUGAUUCUUAAAAGAUGCAUAUAGCUUCUAUAGUUAAAGUUAUUCUUACAACCAUACGACUUAAAAGGUGCUUCGGAGAAGGAAGGAACCCAAGAGGUCUCUGGAAAGGUUGCCUCAAAAGUGAUGUUGAUUUCAGAACUUUACGUAAUUUAUUUUAGUAGGGCUUUUUUUUGUUUUGUUUUGUUUUAAACCUUAUAUUUCCCUUUUCACAGUGUCUCUUAAGCUUAUUGGACAAGGACAUGGAGAUACUGUAUUCCUCCUCCACAAGUUCUGUUUAGUUCAGCUGGAGUGAGGUAUGAGGUGGGCUAGAAAGGGAGCUCCUUACCCGUAGGGACCCACUGGCUCAUAAAUUGAAACUCGCUGGUUAACGAGAGGUCUGACAGCAGAGAGAAAAUGAACCAUCUCAAGUCAGCCAAGUGUCUUUUUCGUUUAUGUGGGAGAGCCGGUUUUAAUGGUUUUUCAUGGUAUGAUUUUAAGUUGGGGAUCAUAUCAAAUGCUGCUCUUCAGAUUGCUUAUUGGAAUUCCUGGAGUUGUUAGGAGAGGGGAAUUAAGUGAGAUCAUAAAUGUGGUGUUUCUGACUGGUUGAUUGUAAGAGUGAGAAGACAAGUUUGAAUGAGACAAUGGUGUUUCAGUUGCAUCGUUAAGAAAAUGCUGAUAGCACUGUAUGUACCGUGUGAAGCUCUAUCCCAUAAAUGUAAUGUGCAUAAAAUUAUGGGAUGAUUUCUAGGGGUCGUAGUCAUACUUUGGCAAAUCUAAAUUUUGCAGUUGUAGGAUAGGAAACUUUGAAUUGUAGGCAUGUCACUGUUUCAUAAUCCUGGGAGGCAAUGAGGGGUAAAUGACAAGUUUAGUGCAGGGAUGGUGGGCUGGAAUGCCAAAUGUAUCUGUUUUAACCAGUAAGUAGCUGUUAUUUUUCAGGUUUGUAUUUCUCUUUGACUAAAGCUAAAUAUAGCAGCAUUAUGCAAUCUGGGUAACUGUUGCCACCUUCAGUGAAGAGAGAGGCCCAAGGCAAUGUACUGUAAGUCCUCUUUUCCUUAAAAUUCCUACUUUUCUGUGCUGCUUUUUAAAUUAAAUCCCACCAAACUAUCCAUCCAGAGACUCUCAUAGGCAGAUGUCUAACUUGCCAUUCUGCUUAUUAAUGAACUGGGGUUUUGUGGCUAAUGGGAUUAAUUUCUUUCAGUCUUCAGGAUAGCAGAAAUGGUGGGAACUCUUCCAAGUGUUGCUUCCUCAAGGUUAAUGCUGUUAAGUACUGUGUUUUGAAACACCAUGUCCUCUGUCUGAGAAUUAGCUCCUUAGUUGACGUUUUUCAACGUUUCUACCACCUAAUCAUUGAUGAUGUUUUUUCAUAAAAAGCCUAAGAAACUUUAGGAACCAGAAUGGGCAAUUUUGGCCCAACAAACCUACUCAUUUUUGACUGAGCUGAACCCCCUUCCAGCAUUUCUGAGAAAUAAAACAAUGUGUUUUUUAAAUGUUUUCUCUAUAGUAUUUAUAUACGCCCUCUUAUCUUCUAGAAGAAAAAGCUAGUUAUAAAAGUGAAUUUACACUCUUAAUUACAACUAUUGUAUUUACUGUGGCUGGUCCGCCCCGGAGGUUCUAUGCAUUCCACGUCACGUUUGCAACCUACGUUUCUGUUGUGCCACUAUUUUGUGGUCAGGCCUGUUAUUAAAUGAUUUUUAAAUGGUAAAAAAUAAUCUUGGUAAAUCGAUUGUAUUCCAGUUUUGCAAAAUGAUUUCUUCUCAAUAAAUUUACAGUAUUAGGCUGCUAUUCAGAAUUCUAAAAUUUGGGACAGUUUUUUGUUUAUUAUUUAGUUCAUAGCAAUGAUACACCUUGUAGUUUUUUUUUUCCUGAGACUUAUGAACUUCCCUUCUGUGGAAGAAGAUUAAACUAUUUAACCAGCUUUAACAGUCUGUCAUAAUAUGACAUGAUGUCAACUGAUUCUCAUGUUAAUCUGGGACAAAAAUAUUGAAAUCUGACCUAGUGGUCUCCAAGUGUUGCAGUGUUUAAAAGUACGUAUUUCAGCAAAAAAGGAAAAUGGUUAUUAGAAAAGUCAGAAAGUUCAAGGUUGAGAUUUGCUGUGGCUUCUAACUUCCACUUCACGUAUUUGCAUUGCUGUGCACACCUUCUGAAGGUUCUGUGCAACACUAAGGAAUAUGUUGAAGUGUAUCUGAUAUUUUUGCUUAUGUUGGCAAACUGAGCAUAAAGUAUUAGCUUUCUCCCUCUCCCUCUCCCUCUCUCUCUCUCUCUCUCUCAAUCUCUCUCUCUCUCUCUCUCUCUCUCUCUCUUUUUUUUUUUCCCUAAAACAUCCUACAGCCUAAGGCAAAAUUUUACUGAAUUCUUACCGUUGCCUUUUUUAAAGGGGAAAAUUCAACAGAAUUACCACUGUAAUUGGGAGACUGGCAUUCUAAGACUAGCAAUAAAAGGACAGCAUCUUUUCCAGAGAAUUGUAAUCCGCUCGUCCUAGGGACAGUGAGUUACCCUUUCUAAAGGUGUUAGCUGUGUGAGCUUGUUUAUUCGGUGUAUUAUCUUAGACUGACUUAUCUUUCUGGAUAAAGAUGUGGUGGUUAUUUGUUUUAUAUUGUCGUGCCUGUCUAAAUUCUUGACUCUCCUACUCACACAGCUCAGAUACUUCUUAGAUGGCUUAAUUUGUAUUGCUGUGCACAUCAGAAGUUAGUAGCAUCCAUCUUGGGUUCCAAAGUACGUGUUAAAUUAUGGCUUUUGAAAGAGUGCUUUAAGCUGAACUUAGGGUCUUAUCAUUGGGAAAUUAGUUCAUAUCUUAACAAUCCAGUCCAUCUGGAUGUUUUUGCCUUUACCCUGUUGUGUCUGUUGAGCACAUAACAGCUACUUUCUAUUUAUUGAAGGGAAGAGGAGGUAAAGCUCAGGGCAUGCAGUCUAAAAGACAGUGCUUCCCUUUGACAGUUUCAGUCUGUUUUAGCCAAGUAAGUGAAAGAACAAGCUUAACUCUGAGCUAAGAAGAAUAGUAUUUUUGUAAUAAAUUGAAAUUUGCUAUCUAUUUCCUUGUGUUAUAAUGACCAAUGGCGUGAUCAUCAGUGGGGUCGUGCACCGUUUUUUAGGCGUUUGAGAGCUAUGCUGUUGUGCAGAGCUGUUUCUGUGCUUGCAAAGAUAUUGCUGCCGUGAUGCUUUUUGGUAUGAUUGUUAUUUGCAGAGUAUAUUGGUAAUGUGCCUUUGAGAAAACGGUAGAGCGAUAUGCAACUUGCAGUGAGGCACUCAAGAACACUACGUUAGUAAUGUGAAACUUUUUUUGCUCUUGGGACUUGAGCUCAGGGUCAUAAAAUGUUUUAAUGUUUAUUUUAUGAUUUCAUAUUUCUAUUGACUAACAGUAUUUUACAAGAACACAUAAUGUAUUGGCUCAACAAGACUUUUCACCCAAUAAUAAGGAACAUCUCACUUGUAAGUAGAAGAUGAAUUAAGUUUCUGUUCUUAGUGUUGGUUUUGGGUUUUUAGCCUGGGAGACGUGGCUACCUGAGAGAUGAUUGAAGUGAAUAAAAUAAAUGCUUGCCCAUUGUCCUGAGAAACUGAACUGACGCAGUUUUUCCAGCCUAGUAUAUAAUACAGUAUAAUUAAGAUGCGAGUGAUCCUUAAUGGAAAACAUGACUUUGUUCUUUUAUCUCAUCUGCUUCUGAACUUUGAGCUCUACUGUUUUUUCCGUAGUGACUGUAAAAGUCUUCCAGACCUUUCUAGAUUUUUUUAUGAGCAUAUAAUUUUUUUUAAAUUUGGCAUAAAAUGUACUGCUAAGCAGAAAACACAUAUGGAAUUUGAGCCUGGAUGUGAUCUUCUGCAUCCUAGUUGGAAAAGUCUAGAGAGGAGGUAUGGAUGCUUGCUCUAAACAGUGGUCAUAUGUCUUUGAAGGAUGCUAUUGUUAUGUUGAAGGUGCUGAGACUGGCACUGGAUAAUAUUCAAUAAUUUUAUCAGGCAUUCAUUUAACGAUUUGAAACUGCCAUUUAGCAUUUCAAAAAUUAAUAUCAUUGAACAACUGACAAGGUUGUACUUAGAACUGAUGAAUACCAUACCUCUGUAGACUGUUUAUGUAUUAAAUCAUUGAGGGUUUCAAGAGUAGAGGGAAGGUACAUUGAAAAUUAAUGACUAUAAAAUGGUUUCACUCUUUUGCAGUUUAAAUUUGAAAGCAAAAGAGUCACUGUGCAAGUUUUGACGUGCCCAUUAAGAUUUAAACAGUCUUUCAUGGCACAUCGCUUGCCAGCUUCCAUCAAAGGAAUUUGUCUUGUACCGUAACGGUUAUUUUCCUCAGAUCUGAAAACACUUUUGUACUAUGCAACCAUAUGUCUUCUUUUGUAGAGUGCUCCUUUCCUAGCAGUUCAGGGAGAGUAUUCUCUUUAAAAGGCACAGAUGGGGAAGAAGGAACACUCGUUUUCCCAGAGUUUGUGUGCAUGUGAAUGGAACUGGAUUUUUUUUGUUUUGUUUUUUUUUUUGGUGGAGAUUUCAGAUUGGCCAAAAAUGGAAUUAAACUCAGAUUAGUAACUGUCAUUGUUUUAGCAGAUAGAAGUACAAGGCAGUUUUUGAAGUAAUCUGGCAUUGGUAAGUAGUAUUGUCUUGGUGGCCUGGGAAGAUGUAAAUCUUGUAUUUGGAUUUAAGCACACUUUUAGCCUUAAAAUAAGUUGCCUGAUAUAUCGUAUACAUAUUAGAGUCAUGGCAAAAAAUUUAAAAUCCGCCUGAAAGGGAAGAGAAGUUAAAGGCAGGGAAGCAUCUGCACUUCCUAUAGACCCUAGAAACAAAUCUACCUUAAGGUUCACAGAUGUUCUUUAAAAAGACUUUUUUAAUCCUGGUAGCAGCAAGCUAACUUUGCGGUUUUUAAGAUUCAAAUAUAAUUCCAGGUAAGAAAUGAGAAUUACAUUAAUUUCAUGGUUCUCCCCUCUAAAUUUCUGCCUGAGUUGACUUGUUUCUUCCUAUGCCUAAGAAGAAGUUUGCUGAGGAUCGCAGGGGGCGCCCUCUGCUUUUGGAAAAACAAUCAGUGCUUUUUUUUUUCCCAUACCAAUGCUGCACCCUUCUGUCUCUUUAGCUUUUCAAACGAGGAUAAAAGAUUUGAGAGGGAAUUAGUGAUCUUUUUUUUAUUGUUAUUAUUAUUAUUCUGCAUCUUAAGAACUGGCCUGUCUCUAUAUUUUUCACAAUAAAUCCUUUUGCUUUCUUGUUCUGAUGCUGCUUUUGCAGAUUGAAAGUGUCAAGGAAUUAGAAGAAGUCUUCCGAUGAAAUUUCUUUGAAUAUUGAGAAUAGCCGCCUUUGUGCGGAGUUGGGGCCUACGUAUGUACAGAGUGGAUGUGUUUCGCAAUGUAGGCCGCCUCUUUGGCGUACUGCGAUCUUCUGUACGCGGGCACUGUGGUCAGAUGAAGCUGGCUGAGAACAACAGUUAGUCUAGAUGUUUGCAGUCUGUUCUUUCAUUUCAUCCUAUUGCUAAAUAGUUAUUUCAUCUAUGUCUGUCUUAUCUCUCUAACUUAGUGUGAAAACUGAUAAGCUGUCAUCCGCGCUUCCUACUACUCAUUCUGUUUUCCGUGACCUAGGGUUCUUUGCCAUGUGCUGUAUCAUGAGUCUCUCAUAUAUGCAGUUUAAACAUGUUUGAAACUUAGAAAUUGCAUAAAAUUUUCCACCAAAAAGGAAACGCUACUCUUGUUCACGUUUUGUUUGAAUUCCCUUUUCUGAAAGAACUGGCAAACUUCUGGGCGGAGCGCAGCAGCAGAUUGAAACCCCCCUACUGGAGUGAAAUGUUGAUGUUAAUUAUUAUCUAUCACUUAAAGAGCACUGAACAAUGUUGUUACUGUUUAUUUUUAGCCAACCUAUGGAGUGAUUACAUAGUUCUCUUAGUUUUUUCUGCUCUUGUUUCUGCACAAAGCUGAAACCUGUAAUAACACCAAAACUGAUGAGUUUAGGAUGUCUUCUCAAUAAGUUAGGCAUCUAACUUUGCUUGAAGUACGUGUCUGCUUUCCUAAUGGGUCAUUGAAACCUUUUAAGUUGAAUUGACCAAUAGGGGAAUUGGCUGAAAAGGUAGUGGGGGAAAUACCCUUACCCUUUUGGGUACAGUAGGAUUGAUUUUGCUGAUGUGCUGCUGAACUAAUGCCCUUUGCUGAGAUGAGAGGAGACACUGAGAGCAAGACUGUAACUCUAACAAGAGGUUUAUAGAUAAGAACACGUUUAGUCUGUUCAGAGUUAACGCUGCUAAAAUGAUUGCACCUAAAGAGAAGCCAGCUAUUGAUCCUGACUUCAUUAGAAGUACAGGAAUAAAUCCUGGUAUGUCACUGAGUAAUACAGAAGGUUGCUGCUGUUUCGGUUUAAUUUUUGGUAUUGUUCAUAUGAUCGCUUAUGAACAGACUGUAGAAGCGUAAAGGCUUGGUGGGCAAAGGAAAGCAAAAGAUUCUUGAGGUGAGAUAGCUGCAAGCGAAUUACAUUUUCUUCCUGUUUUGGAGUGGAAAGUACAGGAAUGAAACCAUGGUGAGAGCAGGGAUUUUGUCUCUCCUUGCUGUUUAUCAUGGCCCAGCUGGAAAAAAUGUCUAGCAGGCAGAGCUCAGAAAGCCACUUGUGCUUUUCCAAACAAAUGCAGGCUGUCGUGGUGUUUUUUCCCCAACGCAAUUGCAGUUUGAAAAAUAAACUUAAUUUUUACUGUAUGUUGUGAAAAGCGUCCUUUUAACUCUUUCAGGUAGCACUGGAGAUGUAUUAUUUGAUGCCCUUAGUUUAGAGGUGUGCUGUCUCAGUCUGGCUGUCGGAUGCUAGGGUAUAUGCAGUAACUGAUUUGCUGCUAAUGUUGAGGUCACAGCUGAUGCCAUAAAAUGCAAUUUAACAUGCUGUACUAACCUUUCGUUCCAAAAUCAGCUGUGGAAAGAUUUAGGAGGCUUUUUAUGUAGCAGUGACUAAUUAGUAUAAUUUCUUGAAUAGCAUGGGAGAUUCUGAAAGAGUUGUUGCUCUGUUUGCGAGUCAUAACUUAAGGUUUCUCAGAAAAAUACAGCAAUGAUUUUUACCUGACUGAAAAGUUUUUUAACCUAUUAAAUGAAGAGGGGGAAGGAUGAGCAUGUAGGGAGCUAACAUUUUUCUUGCUCCAUUUUCUCCUGAACCCCUCUUGGAAUUUCUAUGUUUAAUUUUAGAUGAGAGCUGGUACUAGCAAGCAGUAAAAGGGGUCAACAAAAAGCAAAGUCAGGAAAAAGUUGCAGUAUAGAGAGGCCAACUACUGCAGCCUCCUGCCAUGAGUAGUGUUGAACUGAAAAAAUAGUAUGGCUCUGUUUAGCAUGUUGCUUAUGUCAGACUUCUUUUUGCUUAUUUGACCUGAACAAAAAAUAGUUUAUGACCGAGUACUGUUUCUGUUUACAAUUGUAGUUUUGCAAUUUGCUCUUUGAAUUGCCUCAACUUUGUUUUGCCUGUAGUCUGAGAAAAAUAAUCGAGGGCAAUUGUACCAGCACAUGUGAAAGACGAUGCCCCAUUCCGUUAUCCGUGUGCUGCGCAGUAGUGUGGGAUGUGUGUUAAAACCAUGCGCUGUUGUACGCGUGUCUGUGCAUUGUGAGCUGCAAAAUUAUUCUGCAACCAUGCAUUGGUACAUGCGAGAACUUGCAAAAUGAAAGACUGAACAUAUUACAAAAUAGUUUCCAGUUUAGCUUUUCAAGCAGGAAUUCAGCCUUGCUUCUUCCUUUAGCAACUCGAUGCAGGGCAGUGAAUUGAAGUGCUAUUUGCUUACUUUCCUCGUAACCCAUUUGUGUGCUUUCAUCUCCAUGUUUAAAGGCUUCUGCCUUCCUCCUCCCUCCCGUAGCCUGUGAGAAUCCAUUACUAGGAAGACAGCUAUCUCUGUGAGUUUUGAUAAAACUAGGAAGCUCAUUAGAAAAGCACUGUUGUAGAGGAAAUUUUUUUAUUUAUAGGGUUUCCUAUGUUGUUUACUACUGUGUCUCCUUGAGCAGCCUGUGUGAUUAAAUUUAGUAUAUGACUGUCAGAUGGGUAAAUAUUCCCUGUUCCGAAGAUGUGGAACUGAGAGACCAUCCUGCCUGACGUUAUGUAAGUGACAGACAGCUGGGAACAGAGCUCCGUGUGUUAUUUCUGAUUCAGACCGCUGCCCUUAACCACAGGAACACCAUUUCCCUUUUCAGUUCUCUUUAGAUUCUGUACGUAAUCUUGUCUCUGUAAGGUUUUUCAGACAGUGGAUAGCAUAUAGUAUAAUAAAGGAGAGAAGAAUCAGAGAGACUUAUACUAUGUGGUUAUAUUGAAGCUGUUAUGUAAAGGCAAAAAGUUGUGAAUUAGAAAGAAAAAGGCGAUUGGGAGAUCUUACUCAUCUCAAGAUGUGUUUCUGAGUGCUUAAGCUAAGCAGAGAACAGAACCUGGCCUGUGUUUCAAUUGGAGAUGCCUUGGAACAAUGAUACAUAAUUUUUCAGUCUGAACUAAUUUUAUACCUUCUCAGACAGUCCCCAGCAUGAAGGUGUCAGCUUUCAGCUAGGCCUUAAAUAUCAUUGAUAGUCCACUGGUCUUCCGACACUUAAAAUUAAUUACUUCAUCCUGUUCAAACUCUGGUUAAGUGUGCUCUGAUUCUUAUGUAGCCUUUGUGAUUUCAGCAGGUUAAAGUAUCCUACACCUCCCUUUCUCGGAACAGUUUCUGGAUGGUGCUAAAAGAAAAUGCAUCAUAUGUCAGAGAGGUCGAAUUUGAUAUUAGCUGCAAGAUGACCUAGUUCCCCGGGGCUAGAAGGAAAACCAGUGCAUUGAGAAAGGAGAGCAUCGAGGAAGCACGUUACCUAACUGUCCAUUCUAGUUGCAGGUUUGUAAUGGAAAAUGAUUCAUCAGCUGUCACCAAGGAAACCAGGGAGUGUGUCAGAAUAUACUAGUUUACCUUAAGUUAGGGUUUGGGCCCUUUCUUUUAGAAAUCAUACAUUUACUAAUUUAGGGUGGUUAAAUCGUUCACAGGAAGAUUCUUACACAGCCUGAAAUGUUGCUUCCUGUUCUGUGAAAAGGUAAACUUCUUGUUACUGCCAGAAAACGACAACUGGAUUCUGUUGCUCAGUGUCUUACAGAUUUUAAUUUACUCAUCUUAGAUAUGUAUAUAUUUUCAUGGCUUGCGGUAGUCCAUCCAGACUGCCUCCUGUUUUUAAAAAACAAACAAAAAAAAACCCACGGAAAUAAUGUUAGAUUGUCACAGAAGAUAAAUGCACUGGUUUAAGUUAACGUAACUUAUGUUAUAUCAUGUUGCUGUCAUACCUUGUGGCUUUUCCCAUCCCACAAAGAAAUCAUUCCCCAGAGGGCUGCCAUUUAAUAUGUGUCCUUUUUGUUGAGGAAGAAAACCUGCAGGAGAAAGAGUUUCUGGAGGAUUAGCCAGGAGAUGGCAGUGGGGUGGAUCACUGCCUGCUGACUGGUUCUUGGAGAAGCAAAUGAAGUGGAUGAAGGAAGGCUGUUUGCGCCUCAAUUGAUGUUUAAAUCUGUGCAUGAAGUAAUUUACUGAAUUAGAAAAAAAAAUCAGAUUUUCAACUUUUCUGUUUAAUUGCUCAUGUCCUAGAUCCCCCAAAUUGUCACAUAGCUUAAGUUCAUAUAACCCUGAUUGGACCCCCUAAACACACAUUACAAGCCAGCGUUCCAGUUGCAGCGACUCUGUGUGGUGGCUCUUGACAGCAGAAUUGUCUGAAGUCGUUUACGAAUUGCGCUGAGGCAGAGCUCUGAAAGUGGUGGUCUUGGGUAUUUUCUAACUGAACUUAGUAACUUGAGGCUUCAGUGAGCAGUGGGAGAUUUGUGAGCUCUCUUGGUCUCUUCAGAAACCGUUGUGGUGAUAGCUGUCGGUUAUUAGAUUGGAUCGCUCGAGAGGAGUAGGAGGAUUUUUAGGCUUGCCUUCUGAUGAAGCAGAUAGAGAUUGAAAUUACUUCCAUGUGAAAGAAUAGCAUUUCCAGCUGAGCAAGUAAAAUGUAUUUUACAAAGUGGCCUGCAAUUACCGAGAAAAUUAUGUUGCUCUGUUCACCAGCAGGCUGAUGUGAGAGCAGUUAGUGGCCCGUACAGCUGACCUGCAGUGCACGGAGAUCGUCUGCAUUAUCUGUCUCUCUUGUGCUACUUCAGCAGAAGCUUAUCCCACCUGAUAAAAAGCCCUAUCUGUUAUUUGUUUCCUGAUUUCUAUAUGUAAUUUAGAAUAACGUGCAAAAUACUGUGUUUUGUGUAGAGCUGCAGAAUUCCGCUUUGGCAUUUAACAUCUUAUGAUUCUGCAGUGUGGCCAUUUGAGUCCUUAAUAGCAAUUAGUCUUAUACAUGCUUUCUUAACUGUCAUUUCUAGUAUGCAACUUUUCCCUCAAGAUUAAUAAUCACAGAUAAGCAGCAGAAGCUUUUGGUGAAUAAGUUCCCUUAAGGAGAAGGGGGGAGAAAAAAAAAAUCUUUUUUUGUCUGAACUACAUGAUGAUUUUGUGCAAAUUUGUCACAGUUGUGUCUGGGUAUGUGGGGGAGGAAGCACCUGUAUUUCCUAAGAGUGGAAGCAAGGGAGAUGCAAAUCUCCUUGCAUCUGUUGGUCAGCGGUUAAAACCACUUGCCCAGGAUGUCAGAGUUAGAAAUUUGAUAAAAUUUUCUUUCAAAAGGAAAUAGAGCCAUAUCCUUUCCCCUGAUCACAAGAGUACAGUAAAGCGACUAUGGAGUGCUACAGAGCAUGGCUCUUUCACUUACUCUACUUACCACUUUAUUUUCAUAUAGACAAACAUUUACCAGACUAAAGGACUUGGAGCUCAUGUCUCCCCUGCUGGGUUAUAUGCUAAGCAUUUCUUCCCGUGAGUCCUCCUUUCUUCGUUAGUAUUCUUGAGCAUUAAAAAUGAAGUUGAAACCCGUGGUGACAGGAGAAACAGAGAGACCUCGGCCUUGGAUAAUUUUAAUGGUGCAGCCUGACCUGAGCAAAGUCUGCCACUUCCCAUAUCACGCGUCCUGACUCUUGCACUGUAGACACUGAGGACCUGGCGCGUGGGAAGGUUGCCCCACGUCAUAAAGUGAAGAAGUGAAGAGCUGCUGUCGUCUUGGUGCUUAAUUCUUGGGGUUCUGUUCCCCUGUAAAAGAAAUGCUGGGUAUUAGAGGAUUCUGUCCUGAGAAAGGCUUAGCGCAAGGUGAUUACCUGUAAUUAGCUGUGAUUGAAGUUUCCUUAUCCGUGUGCCUUAACGAUUGAGCUAUAGCAGCUAGCUCCCUCUGUGAGUGAAGGAAAGCUUCGACUUUUAACGCUUUCCUGAAACGUGUAUUGCAGACUGCUGACGCAAGUGCCAGGAGUAUUGGGCUUUUUGUCCAAGACAGGUGACCGGAUUUCUUUUAUAGGGACUACCGAACUAGUCUGAACCGAGCUCCUUUCGCUGGUUUUAUGUGCAUGUGUUUAACCAUAGGGAAAUAAAGCAAGAGUGGGUGGACGGACAGCUAUGCGGACGUUGCAGGCUUGGAGUCGCUAAUGUGUUUAUGUAGCGCACUUGCUUGUCAGUUUAAAAAAAAAAACAGUAGGGCAAACUCGGAGAUAAGUGCGCAUCUAUGUGUGUCUCGUGGUGCCGGUAGGUUGUAGCCAUCGCAGGAAAUCCCUGUGUUCAGAGGAGGGUUGCCUGUCUAUUCAGGGGUUGCCAGGAGCUAGGUCAGCCCAACGCAGAAAGAGCUGUCCUCGCUUGCUCUCUGGGGCUCUCAACAGCGGAAAAUCACCAGGAUCCAAUAUUACCCUUGCCAAAAACUCCUCUGCCCGAGGUGUUUCUGGAAUGAUCUUUGCCCCGGUGCCUUUCAGCGGCAAGGAGGCAUGAAGCGGUGGAGAAUUUGCCCUUGUAAUACCCCGCUCAUACCCCCGACAGCCUUCUCAAACGGGGUCUUCUGCGUUAACAGAAGGUGAUGUACCUCUCAGGACGAGGCGCUCGUACGAAAGAAAAAAACAGCAAAACCCGUACUGUAGAGAUGAAAUAGUGUGUGCUUUGCAUCAAAAAACCAGCAAGGCUCAGACUAAAUAAAUGAUAAAAUAUUUCCUUGGCACCCAAAGUUGUUUUGUAGGAGAGGACAGUGACUGCAGGCAGCUAUCUGUAUUUAAAGGUCUGUGUCCUUUAACAAUUAGGAGCAAGGUCCAUUAAGAAAGGUCGCAAAAUACCAACAAUUUGGCCACAGAUAUGCUCUGAGCUCUGCUGCUGGCUGGGGCUGGAAGUGAAUUCUGCAGAAAUGGGGAAGCGUUAGAGGUGCUGGGGCUCGGAGGUGAGGACUGGGGCGACGCACGGUUCCCUGGAGGCGCUGGUGCGCGGGGGAUCGGUCCCGAGGCCGCGUGCGCCACACGAGUACAGAGCAGGGACUUGUGUCCUUGGCCAUC